UUUAAAUAUGAUUAUUAAGAACCGAAUACUUGUCGAAUCAUUCGAGCACGAGCCUAUUAACGAGAAUCACCUACAAUUUUAAAUUCGAGCACGAGCCUAUUUAUCGAGCUUAUCGAGCGCUCGGUUCGAACAUCGAACGCCUAUCAAGCCGAACACGAGCCUCAUUUGUAAAGCUCGCCGAGCUUCGAGCUCGAACCCGAACACCACUAAUUCCUUAUUGAGCCGAACUCGAGCUUUGAGUGUUCGGGCUCGGCUCUUUGACAUCUGUUAUGAGGCAGGUGGUCUCCUUCGAGCCCUAACCUCAGCUAACUGCCUCCCAUCGUUUCUGUCUUCUCGCGCCAACUAGGUAUGUUUCCAUCGUUUCCGUCUUUUCCUUCAUCUUCUCCAUCUUCGUGUAAGUUAAUUUGUUCUUUGAAUGAUGAUUGUCACCAGCUAAAAAACAACAAAGAUGUGGCAAACUCUUAUCUGCCAUUCUUCGAUAUUAACUCUCAUUAUAAAAUUCCUUAAAAUCUUCAUUUAUUUAUCACUUUUGGUCUCACAAUAGCACUCGAUUCACAUUUUGUCAUUUGCAUUACUGCUAUGAGAGUAUGAUUAUACAUCCUCUAUCUCUAACUGUUCAAUUCUAUUUCCUCUGCCAAUUCCUUUUACUUCAAUUAUUGGGCAGUGGAAAUGGUAAGACUGGACGAAUCAUAUUAGUUGUGACGUAUUGGACCACUUGUCUGAGUGCAGUUUCAUAUUGCUAAUCAAGUGGACCAAAGUACUUUCUUUUCGACAUAAUAAUUUAUUUAUUGAUAUUACCAACGGUUGAUGGCCUUCUUGCUAAAAUAAUUCUCAAUGAUAGGGGUUAUGUAUUCUUCUCUCUGUCUCCCAUACCCACGAGGCGCAAUUGGAAAGUGUGAACUUACGGAGUAUUAGAUAAGGGCAAGGAUUUAAUGUUGAUGUAAUGUGUGAGUUCCUGGAGAUCGCAACUCAAAAACCAAUCGAUGUUCCGUUUAUUGAGUUUAUACCUUUUGAUGGCAAUGUUUGGAAUGUGAAAGAAGCUUGUCUCUACAAAGAGAUGACUGACAUAGUGCUAAAUGCUUUACUGAGCUUCAUAGAACUUUGGACCACCAUAUAGAGACGCUUAAGAAUUUCAAGAUAGAUGGGCAUCAUGGCACUGUUCCUUCAUAACUUCAAUGACGGAGCACUCAUGUGCAACUUGCAACACGCUGAGGCUUUUGCGAAUUGCGGAUUAUAAGAGGGAGGAAUACCAUUUGGCCCCAGAAGGAGUGAACAUUCAGACUGAUGUUGUUCUGCUAAUUGGGAUAUGAAUAUUGGCAUUCAUCCAUAAGGGAGGUUUCAUGAAGUUAGAGGCUUUUGUAGGAUAAAACAAAUUCAGGAAGCUAAAGUUUGGCUUUUGAUCCCAAACAAAUUCAGGAAGCUAAAAUAGAGCUGAGCACUUGGAUUUUAUGACGAUUUAUGGCUAAAUGAUCCUAAACCUCUUCUUGAGUUAUAUUACUUAUAUAUACAUUGUCAAAUCACUUCCCUAAUGAAAUUUUAUGUUGUACAUUGUUGUAUAUUGACACAAGUAUACUUCCAUAUUUUUGAAAUACAAAUUACAUUUACGCAUUACUUUAAUAGAAAAAUGCAAAACUAAGCAAGCAUGGGAAGGCAUGCAACGAGAAUGUGAAAAGAACGCUAUAGCUUCGUUACUGCCACGCUUCCUAAAAAGAGUAGCAUGCAUCGGAUACGUAUUGCUUGUUUCAUCGGAAAAGAACACUAAAGUUUUUUUUUUUUGAAGAUAGACUUAAAGUUUUAUCUUAAUAUGUCAAACUGUAAGCAGGCAUAGCCCAAAUCUUUACCGGUAGAUCCGUCUUUGCCUUAUACUAAAAAAGAUUAAUCUAAACAACAAGAAGCAAGAUACACUAAUAGUGAGAAAAAUAAGAUAAUAAAAGUAAGAAAGAAGCCUUACAUAUCCUCUAAAACUACAAAGAGUGUAUAAAACAGUAUAUAAUAGCUUUUCGAUAUUGGGAUUUAAUACCACAAGAUGUGCUUCACAUGAGAUUUUGAAACAACUUAGGGUGACAUUGAUUUUCAGGUAUGUUGAUGGUAUUGGUCCACCUCACCCGGGCCACCUGUGUGUUGUCUUUGGUCCACCUCAUUUAUUAAGUUGGUCUCCUAUUAAUUGUCCUGGCCCAAUUGGGCUGUCUACCCGACCAACCCCACUCCCCUUUGUUUGUUCUAUUCCCAGCCCAUGCCCCUGUGGCCCUAUGUUAUAUUGUCCGGUUCUUUCUCGGAUCUCCUAUUUGACUCGUCCCCUUCAUCUCUCUUUCGAUGAAGCAAACGUUUGGUUUCCCUAGACCUAGAGUGAGAGAGAGAGACAGUUCCCUGAGAGUUUUAGCUCUGGCUAUACUCCGGUGAUACUUUAGGGUUCCCUUGGGGGUCUUCACUCUAGUCCGGUAGUGUGGCGAGUUGUUUACUCCUCCGACGGGGCUUCUGGUAUGGGGUCUGGGUUCUGAGUGUGAGGGUUUGUUGGCUGUCGCCCUUCGUCUUCCCUGGUUGUAACUCUGGUGGUGAGUGUGAGCAAGCCUUUGGGCUUUGUGGUGACUGAGGUCUGAGCCGGUCCGGAUUUCCAACAGUGGUAUCAGAGCCUCGACGCUGCUGCCUCUCGCUGACGCCGGAAGCUCGCCGGACAACUCCCACACCGAAAACGACUGAAGCUCCAUCGAAGUUGGUAAGUCGGGUUGUCUUUGCUGGACACCCGCUCAUGUAUAACACUAAAACCCUAACCCUUGGGCUGCCAGAGUACCACCGGCUUCUGUGAUGAAUGGGUAGUUCUGAAACCCUAGGUUGAGGAACUUCCGGUUAGAAACCCUAGUUUUUUAACCGUUGCAUGUGUAGAUUCUGUCUAGACAGAUCUGCAGAAACCCUAGGUUUGUUGAACUAGUGCAUGAGUGGUCCAAUCUGUAUCGAACUUGGCCACUGGUUAUUUGUGAACUUGAUUGGCUUAUUAAAUUUAUUCUCUGUGUGUUGCGGUCUUUAAUUACUAGCCCCUGUGUGUUGUUACCUCAGAACCUGUCUCUGUAUUGUUGUAGCUUGCCUUAUUUCUGUUGUAUUAUUUGUGUUAUUUCUCUGCUCAGUGAGUCUGUCAAUUCCUGUGCUUGGUGUUGAGUUAUGGUAAUAGUGUGGCUUUCUAACCCCUAGUUGGCUAGGGCACCUGAGGUUAGGGCUAAGUGAUUCCAUGCCAGCCACUUUAGUGGCCCCGGAACUGCGUGGUCACUUAGUCCGGCAGCCCAAACCACUAGGGUUAGCCUUUAUAUUACCUGUAUCUCAGCAGCUUAGUGUAUUGACUGUUAUCAUGGCUUCAAACCAGUAUGGUAUGAUGCCUUUUAAUGGUAAGACUGAUUUUGAUAUUUGGAAACAGAAAAUAAAAUGUGUGUUAAUUCAACAGAAAGUAUAUAGAGCUGUUACUGGACAAUACUUAGAAACUGAGGAUAAACCUAAACAAGUUGAAAUGAAUGAAACAGCCUGCUCAACAAUAUAUUUAAACUUGUCUGACUCUGUCCUUAGAAAGGUUGGAGUCAUUCAGUCUGCUAAAGCCCUCUGGGAUAAACUUGAGUCUCUAUAUACUGAUACUUCCCUUCCUGGCAAACUGUUUUUGUUGGAAAAGUUUUUUAGGUUCAGACUUGACCUAACAAAAGAUAUUGAUGAAAACCUAGAUGUUUUUAAUAAACUAAUCCAAAACAUUAAGCAGGCUGGGGAUAAACAUAUAGAUGACUACACUGCCAUAGUCUUACUGAAUGCUAUACCUGAUUCCUAUAAUGAUGUUAAGUCAGCCAUUAAGUAUGGGAGGGAUGACAUAACCCUAGAUAUUGUUAUUAAUGGCCUGAGAAGUAAAGAACUCGACUUAAAACAUUCUAGGAGCCAUCAUAGGGAAUCUGGGGAAGCAUUGUUUGUUAGGGGAAGGUCUAAAAGCAGGUCUAGACACCCUAAAAAGGACAAUCGGGAUAAGAAUGGUAGACAACCUAGUAAGAAGAGGUUCAAGUCUAGGAAAAGAGUCUGCUAUAACUGUGGUAACCCAGGACAUUUCAUAAAAGAUUGCACCCAAACUAAGAGAAAUGACCAGGCUAAUGCUGUGACUAGUAAACUUGUAGAGGAAGAAGUCUUUAUGGUCUGUGAUCAAGCCAAUUCUGUACUUAGUAGUCUGACUGAAUCUGAAUGGUUAAAAGACUCUGGGUGUACCUACCAUAUGACCCCUUUUAGGAAUCUGUUCUCCUCCUCUAACUUAUGUGAAACUGGUUUUGUUUCCCUAGCUGAUAGUAAAAGGUGUAAGGUCCUUGGUAUUGGUGACAUCUGUCUAAAAUUUGAAAAUGGAACUGUUUUUCAAAUAAAAAAUGUUAGGCAUGUACCUGAUUUAAGGCAUAACCUACUUUCAGUCUCUGCUUUUGAAGAAUGUGGUCUUGAGGGUAAAUGGGGAAAUGGGUGUAUGAAAAUUCUGAAAAACUCCCUUGUUUUGUUUAAAGCUUUGAAACAAAAUAACCUUUAUGUUGUGCAUGCCAAACCUUUUUCUGAAAAUGCUAAUGUUGUACUUAGUGACAAGUCUGUGCUUUGGCACCAAAGACUAGGUCACAUGAGUAAUAGAGGAUUAAACAUUUUGAAACAAAAUGGGUGUUUUGGUAAUGACUUGGUGUCACCUAUACCUUUCUGUGAAUGUUGUGUCUUAGGUAAACAACAUAGGGUUCAGUUUCUUGGUUCUAGCUAUCCUAGUGAGCCUAAGUCCAAAGCUGUCCUUGACUACAUACAUGCUGAUGUGUGGGGUCCCUCCAGUGUCCCUACCCAUGGGAGUAGGAGGUAUUUCCUGUCCAUAAUUGAUGAUUUUUCUAGAAAAGUUUGGGUUUGUCUGUUAGAAAAUAAGUCUGACGUGUAUGAUAGAUUUAAAGAGUGGAAAAUAAUGGUAGAAAAUCAAACUAGAUGUAAGGUUAAAACCCUUAGAACUGACAAUGGACUAAAAUUCUGCAAUAAGGAUAUGGAUAGGAUGUGUACUGAGUGUGGGAUUAUGAGACACAAAAUUGUGCCCUAUACUCCCCAACAGAAUGGGUUGGCUGAAAGAAUGAAUAGGACCCUCCUAGACAAGGUUAGGAGUAUGUUAGCCACUUCUGGUCUCCCUAAGAAGUUUUGGGGAGAGGCUGUGAACACUGCAGCCUACCUGAUAAACAGACCCCCCUUUGUACCUUUAUAAGGUAAGUGUCCUGAGUCAGUCUUCUCUAAGACACCCCUUGACUUAUCAAACUUAAAAGUGUUUGGAUGUGUUGCCUAUGUACACCAACAGACUGACAAACUUGACCCUAGGUCUAAGAAAUGCAUUUUCUUAGGUUAUCCUGAAGGUGUUAAAGUAUAUAGAGUUUGGGAUAGGAAUCAGACUGGUUUUAAAGUCAUAAUAAUUAGUAGAAAUGUUGUUUUCAAUGAAACUGAUUUUCCCUGCUUAGUUAAAACUGUGACUGAUCCUGAAAGUGAACCUAAAGACACCCCUCCAAGUGAGGUGGAGCGUGUCCAAACUGCUACUACACCUCUGUUCAAUGAAUUUGAACAUUCUGAUAAUCUGGUAAUAGUAAUGAAGGUUUGCAUGAUGUGAUUGUUCAAUCUGCUUUUGCUGAUAAUGAUGAACUUGGUGAAAUCCAAGUUGAGAAUGACAGUCUAGAUGAUUAUGUGUUAGCCAGAGAUAGGACUAGAAGAAACAUAAAGAAGAUUUCUGAUAGCAUGACUGACUAUGCUUUUCACCUCUAUGAUACUUCUUUAUUUGCAUUCUCUGUUUUUGAAACUCUUGAGUUGAAUGAGCCUAAAACCUACCAGGAAGCCCUUGCCUCUAGAGAAUCAAAAAAUUGGCUAAGUGUUAUGCAAAGUGAAAUAGAUUCUCUUAAGUUGAAUAAAACCUGGACCCUAGUUUCUAGGACUCCUAAUUGUUCUGUUGUUGAGUGCAAAUGGCUUUUCAAAGUUAAAGAAGAACCUAAUAACAUUAGGUUUAAGGCUAGGUUAGUGGCUAAAGGUUUCACUCAAAAGGAAGGGGUAGACUAUGCUGAAGUUUUUGCUCCCGUAGUAAAAUUCACCACAAUUAGGAUGAUGCUUGCCCUAGUUGCCCAUAAUGACUGGGAGAUGAAGUAGAUGGAUGUUACCACUGCUUUCCUGCAUGGUGAAUUAGAUAAACAGAUUUUAAUGACCCAACCUGAGGGUUUUGUUGACCCUAAGUACCCUAGACAUGUCUGUCUACUUAGGAAGGCCCCCUAUGGCCUGAAACAGUCUCCCAGACAGUGGAAUAUAAAGUUUGACCAGUGUAUGUCUUCCCUGAGUUUCAAAAGGUCUGAUUCUGACCCUUGUUUGUAUUUUAAGAAUACUGCCUCUGUACCUAUUUUCUUGUUGAUCUAUGUUGAUGACAUGCUUAUCAUUAGCCCCUCUGUGAAUGCUAUUAAGAUUGUUCAAAAGUGCCUUUGUGAAAACUUUGUUAUGAAAGACCUUGGAGAUGCUAAGAGAAUCCUAGGGAUUAAUAUACUUAGGGAUAGGAGUAGGUGUACCCUUACCCUGAACCAAACCUCCUAUUUAGAAAAGGUCUUGAAAAAGUUCAAUCUUGACUCUACCCAGCCUGUGAAUGUUCCUUUAGCACCCCAUUUUGUGCUAAGCAAGGACCAGUCCCCAAGGACUGCUCGUGAGAUAGAUAGGAUGAAUGUUGUACCUUAUUCCAGUGUUACAGGGUCAGUAAUGUAUCUCAUUGUAAGCACAAGGCCUGAUAUAGCUUAUGUUGUUAGCUGCUUAAGUAGAUAUAUGGCAAACCCUGGUAUGUCUCACUGGACUGCCCUUAAAUGGCUCCUUAGAUACCUUAGGGGUACAUCUUCUCAUGUUCUUGUGUUUUCUAAAACUGAAAUUGGCAUUUUACUUACUGGCUAUGUUGACUCCAAUUAUGCAAAUGAUAGAGACAAUAGAAAGUCUACCACUUCCUAUGUUUUUACUCUUUGUGGUUCCUGCAUAAGUUGGAAAUCCCAACUAUAACCUAUUGUUGCACUGUCCACUAAUGAAUCUGAAUACGUGACAGCCACUGAAGCCUUUAAAGAGGCUAUUUGGCUUAAACGUAUGCUAACUGAAAUUGGUUCUCUUAAGCAGGUUGUGACAGACUACUCUGAUAGCCAGUCUGCUAUCCAAUUGUGCAAAAAUCUUGUAUUCCAUGACAGGACAAAGCACAUUGAUGUCAGGUUUCAUUUUAUAAGGAAUAUUGUGGAUACAGGUUGGAUAAAGCUGUCCAAGAUACCUUCCGAAUUUAACCCUGCUGAUAUGGGGACUAAAUGUCUCACUUUUGAAAAACUGUUGUCUUGUAAACGUAUUCUUAAUUUAGAUUGUGGCUAGAUAAGAACUGGAAAACAAGAAAAACCGGUGAUGAUGAUUCUCCCUUUCACGUUGUGCUCUACACCACCGAGGGGACCAAUAAGGUGGAGAUUGUUGAUGAUAUUGGUCCACCUCACCCGGGCCACCUAUGUGUUGUCUUUGGUCCACCUCAUUUAUUAAGUUGGUCUCCUAUUAAUUGUCCUGGCCCAAUUGGGCUGUCUACCCGACCAAGCCCACUCCCCUUUGUUUGUUCUAUUCCCAGCCCAUUCCCCUGUGGCCCUAUGUUAUAUUAUCUGGUUCUUUCUCGAAUCUCCUAUUUGACUCGUCCCUUUCAUCUCUCUUUCGAUGAAGCAAACGGUUGGUUUCCCUAGACCUAGAUUGAGAGAGAGACAGUUCCCUGAGAGUUUUAGCUCCGGCUGUACUCCGGUGAUACUUUGGGGUUCCCUUGGGGGUCUUCACUCUAGUCUGGUAGUGUGGUGAGUUGUUUACUCCUCCUGUGGGGCUUCUGGGCUGGGGUCUGGUUCUGAGUGUGAGGGUUUGUUGGCUGUCGCCCUUCGUCUUCCCUGGUUGUAACUCUGGUGGUGAGUGUGAGCAAGCCUUUGGGCUUUGUGGUGAUUGAGGUCUGAGUCGGUCCAGAUUUCCAACAAGGUGUAUAUGAAAUUAAAUUACCUUCUUAAAUGCAUAUCAAAACAAAUGAAAUCUUACAUCGGAGAAGAUGAAGGGGUCGAGGGGAUGAAGAAGGCGACAAAGAUUGAUGGCGAUCCUAUGUGGACGAACUGGGUCCUCAGACCUCAGCGGCUAACCUAACUAACCCCAUGGAGUGGUCCAAAUGUGUGGAAAAAAACUCAAAAAGAGAGAAGCGGUAGAGGAUUGACCUGGGUGGAGUGGGCGAGGCUUUACUAACGGGAUGGUAGAUGAUAACGUUUAUUAACGACAAAAGGAAGUUUUUUUUUGGAAGAACAACAAAAGGAAGUUGUUAAGGCAGAACCACUACGAGUAUAUUUUCUUUCUUGGUUGAUGAAUAAAACUAUUAUAAUAAAGUUGUUGUGUAACAAAAAAAUAAAAUCAACGGGAUGAACCGUUGCUCAGAUAAUCAACGAUAAAAAUACCGUUGCCUAGAGCCAAAAGGUUAAAACCAAUUUUAUUCACAGAUAAUAAGAAUGAACCCUGGUGAGGGGUAUAAACAGCUUUCUACAAGAAACCCUAAUCAACCCCAAAUUAAUUAAAUUCUAAUUAGGCCCAUACUAACUCUACUAAGUACUCUACUAAGAAAAGGCCCAAACUAAAACAUAACAUUAACUUAAUAAUAAUAAAUAAACUAUAAAGACAGCCCGUCACCGGCCCACGAAAGUGGGCCCAAGCCCGAUCCCGCCCCAUGCUCUUCCCGAUACCUAUCAAUCCAUCCUCCUUCAAAUUAACCUUGUCCUCAAGGUUAAAAUCUCGCGGAUCGGGGACUGAAUUUUCCAGCCAUAGAAUAGAGCGGAAAAUAUCCUUCAUCUCUUUCCUGGCAUGUUAUUUCACAAUACUCAUGUUGUUGGGGGUCUAACUCUUCAUCCUCCUCAGCUAUCAUUACCCGCAACUGCUUAAAGGGACAGUCAUGCUCCGGUGUAAAUGAUUUCUUACACCUAAAGCAUAAUCCUUUCGUCCUCAAUUCUGCUAACUCCUUUGGCGCAAGACAAGUGAACUGAGAGUGUGUCGUAGGCUGGCCGAACAGCCCUGACUUCGUCCCCGGAGGCUGUCCAAUGUCUUUAGGAUAACUGCCAUUUGAUCCUCUUAAGCCGCCACCACUUAUGGCCGUGUUGUUACUACCACUUGGGCGCGAAAAACUGCUCGAACACAAGCCCGUGUUGUAGGGUUGACUUUCCCAGUCUCCAUCUUGAAAGGACAAAUUGUCCUCAAAAUCUCUGGCCAAAUCCAUUGCAAUCUCCAGGCUGUUUGGUUGCACCAAUCGUAAGGAUCUCUGAAUCGGUCCCUUCAGCCCGUUCAUGAAAUACCCCAAAUAAUGACCAUCGGACAACCCAGGAACCUGACUGGCCAACUGCACAAAAAGGCUAUUGUAUUCUUCUGUGGUUCCCAACUCUUUGGCCCCGGACACCCGUUCAAAUUGGUUGCCCUUGAACCGUGAAUCAAAACGGGCCACCAGUGCAUCUGCGAAUUCCUCCAAAGUCAGGCCCGGUUUCCGUGCCUUCAACCAGGUCAACCAGUACAGGGCAGUCCCUUCCAUGGCUACCGUACUUGCUGCCACUUUGCUUCCAGGUAGGGUUUGAUGAAUUUCAAACUAUUGCUCAGCUCUGGCCACCCAUCCGAUAGGAUCUUCGCCGUCAAACGAGGGCACCAAGGUGGUCGUUAUGCUGCGCGACCCACUGCCGACCAUGUGCGCUGAUGCGGCAUCGCCGACUGACGCCGACUCUUUUUCCGGCGGUGUCAUGGCCCUUGCGAGUGCAUCGAGUGACGCUGCAAUCUCUGUCAACUGGAUCGGCUGCGCAUCCAGCUUCCGUCCGUGUGCGUCGAGCUUCUCAUUCAUUAAGGCUUGCUCAGCUUCUACCUCUGUUGUACGAUCAGUGUUUGAUCUCGUCAUUCUGGCGGAAUGAGAUCCGGCAGGUCGGGCCAAUUGUUGUGUAACAGAAAAAUAAAAUCAACGGGGUGAACCGUUGCCCAGAUAAUCAACGAUAAAAAUACUGUUGCCCAGAGCCAAAAGGCUAAAACCAAUUUAUUCCCAGAUAAUAAGAAUGAACUCUGGCGAGGGGUAUAAAUAGUCUUCUACAAGAAACCCUAAUCAAGCCCAAAUUAAUUAAAUCCUAAUUAGACCCAUACUAACUCUACUAAGUACUCUACUAAUGAAAGGUUCAAACCAAAACAUAACAUUAACUUAAUAAUAAUAAAUAAACUAUAAAGACAGCUCGUAACCGGCCCACAGAAGUGGGCCCAAGCCCGGUCCCGCCCCAUGCCCUUCGCGCUACCUAUAUGAUAAAUUACCAAUACCGAUAAUUGGGCCUCAUUUGACCAACCAGUCAACCUUAUGCCCUUUCCAUGGUCCAAAUAGAAUAGCCACCACCAUAUACAUGUUAUCUAGACCAAGAUGAAUAUAAUAUGUGGUCCCGGAAAUAUAUGGUGGUUCACGCUCCUGAUGUGGGCCCCACGUGCAAUUCACUAUUCACGCAAAAGUAGUAAAAAAAAAUACAACCUCGUAAAUUCAUUAACCAUUUCAUAAGGUUCGAUACAUUAUUUAUACAAAAUUAAAUAUACUUGGGGACAGUGUUACAUUUGAUCAGGCACAUACUGAGAAAUCAAGUAAGGAAUCGAUGUUGACCCCUUCCCCGAUUUUCGAUUGAAGGUGCGAUCAGCCGAAAACAUAAAAGAACGCACUCCAUGCUAGGUUAUAUAGAUAUAAAAAAUUAGUGUCUUAAGCACACUCCGAAGGCUAGUUGGUAGAGCAGGUAGCCCCUCUUAGAAGAGUGUAAAAAUACCCUAUUCUGACAUAGGUAUCCAGAUUCUACCGACAAUGAUCAUUGGAGAACAAAACUCAAAAGAUGGGAAGUUUUUUUAAAAAUAGAUUGAUACCAUAGUACCAGUAUCGUUGUGUCAAUAUGAUACUGAGCUUGUUUUUGUGUGGAGGUUAGAUGAUUUCAACACCACAGUACUAGCACAGUUGAUGAUUCCAAUUCUCGGGUUCUCGAUCACCCAAAACUAUAUCAUUACCCAAACCAUGACGUAUUAUGCCUGGAAAAAAGAAGGGAGACAUACCAAGAUCCCCGAUUGAGCCCCAUUCUUGUUACAUUUGAAUAUACACCGGAUCAUCGUAUAUAUUGAAAUAUGAAACAUGAUGAGUAAAAAAUUGGGGUGAUUGAACUUAAAUUGUCACGCCCUGUACCUUCCGGCAACGUCAACAACCACCAUAUAACCCGUUAAGGGCAACCACAGUCCACCCUUGCCGAAAUAUACAAGACGUCGGGUAUAUCAUACACACUAAGUAUCCCAUAACAAUUAAAUAAGCUAAAACAAUUUCAUCAUUAUACAACGGAAAAUAAUAAUUAAAAUAGUAAUUAGCCACGGAGGGCAUAAUGCAGGCACGCAGGCCAAAUACAUGAGUAAAAUAAAAAUAUUAUUUAGCCAUGAGCAUUUUAAGUGAAGUUUAAAACGGAGAGGGGGAGCACGAAUCAAGUCUUCUCCUAAGCGCACUCUCUGCAAGAGUGGCAGCAACCCUGUGACAGUGUGAUGAUCCAUUGGAUUCCGGGCAGGCACUUAGCAGGGGAGGAUUCUGGGAUAUGAUUGAGAUUGAAUUGGUUUAUGUGCACAACGAGGACGUUGUGAUCCUAGGGGGGGGGGGUGAUUGUAAAAUUUGAGAUUAAUUUAAAAGAAUUAAUAGUACUACUCAUACCAACAAUGUCCAUCUCCUUUUAAGGGAGCUCAUGACCUACAACCCCAAGUAAAGCGUGUUUGCACAUGAGUAGUCUCGGGAUGGGUGACCCCCCUGGGAAGUUUCUCAAGGUGCACACGAGUGAAGACAAAGUGCGCGUUAAAGGUUUGUGGAUGUUUAUGGGGACACCACUAGAGGUCUGGAAGAUUAUUCUUGAGUAACUACCUCAGGUCCUACUAGGCGUGGUGUUACAUAUAUCAUCUUACCUUCUCCCUUUCGCACCUUUGGUGAAAGAAGAUAUGUUGGAUAACAUAUUCUAAGGGAACCCAAGGAGAAUAUAGGUGGUAGAUGCAGGGCAGAUUGAACAUAGGCUAUCGAUUCUACUAGAUCCUAAUGUUUUAGAGCUUAUUCGAUGGGUAUCCUUUUACGAUAUUUGCUUUGCUAAAUCGCGUUAUCACAUGAAUAUAGCGAUCGAAGGGCGAUGGCUUGAUUGCAUCCCAAGGAACAAGUUUUCUUUACCCAGCUUCCUUUUUUAUAACAAGGCACAAAUCCCUGACCCCUGGAUGCACCAACAAUUGACAUAGGGGAUUGGUUGCCUAGGUUUCUCAGUCUGGUAUCAUGCACUUUGCAUUCAUGAUAUUUACAUUCCAUUGAACUCGCACAUCGUCCGUACGACUGAUUGAAGGAAAGAAUACUAUUGGACACGUGGACCGUGUAAGAGAAAUAACAAUUCUAUACUAUCAAACUCCCCCUACUUAGUCUAUUGAUUGUCCUCGAGUAAAAGUCAACAUAAGAGCUCACAAUAAUCCAUUGAAUAGAUAAAUUCAAAGGAAUGAAAUGUUCAGUUUGUUCAUCCACCCUCAAAGUACAGAAAAAAGAGGGUCUUCAUGGUCUUCAAGAACAAAUGUUCUUUUCAUUGAUUUUAUCCCAAAAACUCCCAAGUAAAACGAGUUCCUGUAUAACCUCAGAUAAAAUUUCCUCUGAUUCUCUCAUUCUACCUAGGAGCCUUUUCAGGGUUUCAUCCUAACCUCUCUUUUUAUUUUCCAUUUUCUCCCAACUCACUCAUUUUAGCCACUCUUGUUUAGAUUGCCCAAUAUUUGGGUUUUCAACCUAACUAGCAUUUUUUCUUUUAUUUAUUUAUUCUUUUUGUUUGUUUUUUUUUGUGUGAAGAAAAUAAUGCAAGUUACAAUGUAGAAAAUGAAUGAAUACAUACCAAAUGAGUGACUCCCUCUACUUAGUCCGAGCACUGUCCCUAGUGCUCCCCGCCACCAUCAUCGCCUUGGUAGCCAUGAAUUCUUUGUUCUUGAGAAUUGAGAAUUUUGGGGCUGUUUUUUUUUUGGGGGGGGGGGGGGGGUUGGGGAUUUGGGGAGGGUAAUUGGGUUUUGAUGGUAUGGGAUUGAUGAGGGAGAUGAGGAAUUUUUUAUGGGUUUAAUUUGGGAGUUUUUGGUGAUGGAUUGGGAUGAUUUGGAAGAGGAAAUUUCGUGGCUAUAUAUCAUAUGGAGGACCCCUAGGCUUGUUCUACAUGUUUAGAAGUGUAGAAUGAGGGGUUGGAAGGUGGUUCUAAGUCCAAGAACGGACUUAGAAGCCAAAAUUACAGGUUCGACGGAAAAUAACCUUUUAGAGGUUAUUUGUGUUGAUAUGGGCUUUGUGAUGUUAAAACCUUGUUAGGAGCUUGACUAAGGUGUUCCUAUUACUUCCACAAAGUCAGAAAGAGUCAGCGGAGUUAUCGCCGGAGUUCAUCAAAGUUAGUCGGAGUUUCGUCGGAGUUUCGUCUGAGUUUCAUCGGAGUUUCGUCGGAGUUCAACCGAGAAGGGUAGAAAUUCUUAAAGCUCAUUUGAGGUGAGUGGAUGGCUUAAUGUUUUGUAACUUUUGGGUUAAGCUUGAGAUUACCUAAGUAAAUGUUAUAUGUGUUCAUAAUGGUGUUUAAAAGAGAUUAAACAUGUGAUUAGACAACGUGAUUAGGCUUAUAUGAAAUGAAUUAUUGAGAUAUGCAUGAAAUAUGGUAUGAAAAUGUUUAUAAAAACAUGUGUGAUGUUUAGAAGAAUAAAAGAGGCAUAAAAUGGUUGUUUAUAACUUAAUACACGUUGUGAUUAAGUUUGACACGAAUUGGAUUUGAAAUGCCUGGUCAACGAGGAGUUGACCGGUUGCCCAGGGGGCAACCGGCGCCGGUUAUAUGUAAAACCGGCGCCGGUUUCGGUACGGGGUGCCCGAUUAAGUAAUAUUAGUUAUGAAGCGGCGCCGUUCAGGUCUGAACCGACACCAGUUUGGCCUUAUUUUACCUAUAUGUUGAUUUUCAAUGUGUGAAUUGCAUGGAUGAUUUUUUGCUUAGGCCUUAAGAUUUGGUUUAGUCUUGAUUAUUGAUUAUGAUAUAGAUCCUAUCUAGUAUGAUAUGUGGUAGAUCAUAGGUCGGGUGGAGUACCCAGGGAUCGGGCGUGUAUCCUCAAAACUCGGUUAUAACGGGUGGAGUACCCAAGGAUCAGGCAUGUAUCCUCAAAACUCAUAGAUACAGUUUAGUAGUUCAGGAUCGGGCGGUGUCCUUAUGAUAUUUGAUGUGGACGAGGAGUCUUAUACACUCAUAAGUCUAUGGGUGGGUUGGGAUUUUUAAGUCAAGAACAUUGACUACUACUAUUUUCCCAAAUAAACAAUGACCUACGCGUCAGGUAUUUCCAAGUGUAUAUAAGUACUGAUAUGUAUUUUAUAACUUGGGGAAAAGGAGUAUAAGUAUAUGUAUCACCCUAUGUUUGGGUAUUAUAUUUUAAACGUUAGUUAUUCUACAUUUAGCUUGUUACUCGCUCGUUAUUCGCGUACUGACCCCUUCGGGGGCCCCGCCAUUUCAGGUUGAAGCUAGAGCUUGUUGUCUACACCUUUGCCUGGGUGGAAAAAAUCUAGAGGAAGAUGUGGUUCCUGCGUCCUUAACUAUUUCAAAUUGUAAAUUAUGCUCAUGGAAUACUUUAUAAAUGAUUACUUCGUUUUGGGCCCGCGAGCCUACGUUUUGCCAUAUGUGGCCUAUGAUUGACCAUUGAAUAUUUCCGUUAUUCAUUCAAUCUAUGAUGUGAUGUUGUUAUAUAUGCUUACUUACUGAGUAUGGUAUGAACAAUGUUCAUGAACGCCUUGUGUGAUUAAGUGAGGUUGACUUGCGAGUGACGUCACUCGAGCACACGGCAGUUGUACACGCGCUUAGAUGCGAUCUGGGGCGUGACAUCAUAAAUGUAAGACCAGUAAGUCAUAUACCAGGGAUUGAUGGGUUGUGAACUAGAGGAUCUUGUCAUUCUUCUAGAUGAUGGUUGUUGCGAUUGUGAACUAAAGAUUCUUCUUCUCUUUCUUGAACUUCUUGCAUUUGGAGUGGAAGCAUUGGGGACAGAUUUAGUGGUGCUUUGCACCACCUUAGUGUUGAUAGUAGAUUCUUGAUUCGCAGCUUGAUUAGCAUCACCAUGUGCACUUGUUGUGGAAGAUUUUUGUUUCCUCAACCUCAUUCUUCUCUGGCAUUGGGUUUCUCCUAUGAGGGAUGCCUUACAUCCUCAAACAUUAUGCCCCACCUGCUUACAAUUACCGCAACCAACUUGCUUCCCAACCCUAGAAACCUUAUAUGGAUUCCUUGUUUCUUCUGGAUCUUUAAUCCUCUUUUUCUUUGGUCUACCAGCUGGCUUUCUUGGAAAUGGUGACUUUAUGUCAGGGAAAUUAGUGCUUUCCCGCUCUUCUUUACUAAGGACAAGGUGGAUCAUAUGCUUACACACAACUAGGUAGGUAGAUUUUUGAAUAAUAUGAACUGAUAUAGUCCUCGGACUUUUCACUGUUAGCAUAAUAGCAAACACUCUGUGUUUGCAUGGGAUUCCAUUUAAAUCCCACAUUCUACAAGAGCAAGUUCUUUUAUUCAAGUUCACCACAUAACUUCUAUCAAAAUAUUCAACCUCGCAAAGAUUUUCACCGGUCGGUGUGCAAAAACAAUUCCUACUAUCGUACUCCAUUUUUUCUAUAAGGUCAUGUUUGUUAGGACAAAUAUCCCCCUUAUAUUUCAGCAUCCCAAUGUACUUGACAUGAAACAUCUUAAAUUAACCUUUAUCUAAUCCAUUGAAACAUGCUUAAGAUAGGCGAAUCUCUAGCUCUAAGGAUAUAAGAAUUGAAAGACUCACACAUGUUGUUUUGUAGAGCAUCAGAGUGUGUAUGUGGUGAGAAAUGAGCCAUACUCCAAGUCUUGGGGUCAUACUGCAUCAACCAAGUGUGGGCAGCCUCAUCAAAAAAUUUAAUGGCUUCCAUAUGUCUCCGCCCAGGACCUCAAACUCCCGAUGCUUGCAGCUAACCACAACUUAUUCUUGUACUUCCCACCCUUAAAACCUUCAUGUAGUUCUCAUACAUGUGUUUAAAGCAAUAUUUAUGCUCAUUUGAGAGAUUCGCAGCUUUAAAAGCCUCCACUAACCCCUGAAAUAAAUUUGGAAGUUCAAAGGUUCCUUUAGAUAUUUUAUGAAUUCAACAUGUGAGGUGAAUCUCAUGCCUUUGCACAAAUCAGGAUGUUUAGAUCCAUUGUCUGCAUUACUCAGGUAAAUUCCCCUCAUCAUUUGAAGAUCCAUUGUAGUUAUGUAGAUCUUCAUUGUAGGUAGCCUAUUCAUUGAACUCAUCCAACUCUUCCUGGUCAUUCACAAUUUCUUCAUUAACUUGUUCCACAUGCCCUUCUAACUGGAGUGCUUCAUCUUCACUAAUCACAUCCUAAAACACUUCAUCUUCACUCUUUUCUAAAUCUUCAUAUAACCAGCUGUCUUCACUAAGGUGGGAAACAAACUAUUGUUCAGAAAAAGUUUCACUCACACUCCUUGACCGUAGGUAUACUUCAUCUUCAUUGUUAGUGUGGAAUUAUGUUUGUAGAAAUGUAGGAAUUGCCUCUUCAGUCUGGGAAUUAAGUGGAGUGUGGG